AUGGCAGACGGUGAGUGGCGCUCUGUUCACUUGGAUGACCUGCUGCCUCCCGAGACCUUUGCAGCCAAUCUGGGACAACUCUCCAAAAUGACAGUCGCUGAGAUUUUCAUGAACAGCACCCGGCAGAGAACCGACACAGGUUGUCCAGAAGAUUCCAUUGCCCCUGAAGAUGCUGAAAAAGCUAGUGACUCCCCAGGGGAAAAUCUGCAGCUGAUCAACAUUGAAUUCAUGAUCAAACAAAGUGUCCAGAAAGCUGUGAUCCAGCUGGAGGAUAAGAAAGACAACAGCCAGCGAGCUACAGAAAGGAUACAGAUUCUCUAUGAUGCACUUUUUCAUCCUCAGAGCAAGAAUAGACGUGAGUAUAAAGAAAAGGCCUUAUAUCUGUGUGUGACUGGAUAUUACAAGAUGUUCUAA